AUGCCUGAGGAGGCAAAUAUCUCGAGAGCCCGACCUUUGCGCCGCGUGCUGCCGGCACCAGCAAGUAGGCCAGAGAUGGAAGAACCGCCUGCACCGCCACCACCAUCCUCCAGGAAAAACAUGGUUGUGGCGGCCUGUGUCGCUUGUCGCAAGCACAAGGCCAAAUGUUCCGGCGAAAGGCCGUCGUGCCGUCGCUGUAUUCAAAGGCGAAUUGAAUGCCAGUGGACCACAAAACCUGGAGAGACCAGCGCGCAGGCCCUCAAACGAGGCUACCGAGACUUGCGAAGCUAUAAGUCACCUCACCAGGAGCUAUUUGAGCUUGUAAGAACUUUAUCUGAUGAUGAAGCUGAAUACGUCUUUCAAAGGAUUAGAUCCGGAGCCGAUGUCGCAACCAUUCUCAAUCAUAUCAGAGUCGGGAACGUGUUAUUACAGAUGGCCGUUGUCCCCGAAACCCGAUUGCGAUAUGUGUUGCCAUACCGAUCAGAAAUGCCCGAAGCUUUCACCAUAAACAAUCCUUACAUGCAGUCGAAGAUAUACGAAGCGGCGUCGCUUUACUCUAACCCGUCUCGAUUCACCGCUUUCAACUAUGGUGGCAACCUGGGCUCCGACGAGUAUCAAAGUCUCUAUGUAAAACCCUUUCACUCAGCAGAGAUGAUUGAUCCGCUAUUAGCCAAUGCAAAACCAUCGUUAUGGACGGCAGUUUGCAAUGAUGAUGUGCUAAUGAGAGACCUUCUCUCAGUCUGGUUCAGAUGCGAACACCAUUUCACCUCGGCUUUCCAGAAAGAUUACUUCUUGGAAGACAUGACCGCGAAACGAAGCGACUUUUGCUCGUCACUGCUCGUCAACAUAGUUUUGGCUUAUUCAUGCGUUUGUUACCCAAAAUUCGCCGAUCGAGCAGAAUAUUGGAAUCCCAAAACACUCGGAUACUCCUUUGCAGCCGAGGCAAAGCGUCUUUGGGAAUUGGAAUCGGCCAUUCCACGACUCACCACGAUACAAGCUGGUAUAAUCUUCAAUGUCUUUUAUAACCUCUGCGGCUUGGACGAGGUUGGAAAGUCUUAUAGGACACAAGCUUUAGAGCUGGCUGAAGAGAUUCGGCUUUUUGACAGCCCUCUGGACGAACGGACCGAGGAUCCGCGGACAAUAAGACUACAGAAGGGCAGGGUGUUUCUUGCAUGGUCGUUAUUUAAUUGGGAGACGCUAUUAAGCUUCUCUUUCAUGGCGCCUCCGCAGCUCAAGGAGCCCCCGAUCUAUCCUUUGCCAAACCCGUCAGAAAAUGCACUCUGGUAUGGAGAAGUGUGGUUGAAAUAUCCACUUAGCUAUAGCCUGAUACCGUCGAAUUUUGGUCAAAUGUAUCAUGCAAAAUCCCAAUUUCGUGUCAUCAUGCACGAAUUUUGCCAAGCGGCCUACAUAAAAGACAAGGAAUUUAUGAUGACCCUCGAUAUAGCCGAGAAGCUGCUCCACAAGCUUAAGGACUGGUUUGAGGGCUUACCAGCCUCGCUUUUACCCAAGACGAUUGCACUUCCUGGGCAAUUGCAACUCCAUGUUUAUUAUUACCAUUUAAUCCUUGCCAUCUUUGAGCCGCUAUUGCAAAAGGAAACGGCACAAGAAUUCCGCAUACGCGAGGUCAUUGCCGAUGCUAAAAAGUAUCUCCAUACUCUAGUUCGAUUGUACUAUAUCCGCCACGGAUACGACGCCAUGGACCUAUUCAUCGUCAUACCAUUGGUGCUCAUUGCCUCCGACUGUGUCGAAGUUGUAAACGAUCAAAUGCCCACAGAUCAGCUUGAACUAUUGCGAUCCACGCUCAUUCUAGCUGCAACGGGCCUUUAUAACCAACGCCGGAACCACUACUUGGCUGAAGCAUUGUUCCGGGUCAUUCUGGGACGGAUGCGACGCCCCGAAGUUGCCCUGUUGAAAGACUCCAUGAAACUGGACGAGAGAGAAUGGAACGAGAGGCAGGGGAUGGCACAAGCUGUACGAAGCCAUUGGCCGGUUAGUGUCGUCAAGAAGAAGGAGGAUCUGGAUUCUAACAUCCUGGCGAAUCUUGUGGAAAACUAUGCUCACUUGAAUGUGGGACAGAACUCUGAAGACGGUGAAAAGUGUUGA